UUCGGAUACGAGUACUCGUUACCCGUUUUAUGCACCAGUCUACACUCGCCUCGGCCUGCUGACCCGCUGUCCCGAAAACGCGAGUCUAUAUGGAGUAAUGGCAAGUUACAUGCGAGCUUUCGUUAUGAUCAUCCAACCCUGGCAACGUGUAUAGAACAUGCCAUGGCUCAUAUCCGUACGGAGACGAUCAGCCAGGUUUCAGCCUCGAAACGCCUGUUUCCCGCAAAACCGCUAAUUUUAACAUACUCGUGGUUGGUGAUGAUCAUGACAAGGCUGUGAUAUGACAGUGGCACCGCCGCCACUCAAGGGUUCAGCUCUCGAAGUGAAAUUGCUGUUACCAGCGAUUUCCGAUUUGGCCUGGAACUAACGAUGGAACAUGUCCAGCAAAAUUUUCACUGCCAAUACGCUAUUCACCUUCCAGGUCAUACAAUGUCAUGCAACCAGGCAUUACUCUACUUCGGGUAGGUCGUACUCGAACGCCCAGAAAGAGGGAAUUGGCCAGAAUUUGGUUGCCUUGGCUAUUCAUGCAAGUAUCACCAAGUACCAUUUAGGCAGGGAGCAUCUGCGUGUCGAUGUUUGUUGAUUUGAAAGUUGCGAUUGUCUUUCUACUGUGAAACAAUCCCUCGAUCCGAGGGCUAGGCCAUUACAAGAUUGCGAUCCCACAGACGAUAUCUGUGUACGCUCGUUGGCCAUACUAAGCCUGCUAUCCUCAACGCACAAUUACGCAACACAUGAAUACUGCUGGAUUGGUGGCAGAACAGAUCUGACCAUUGUGGAAACAACCAGCUCGUGCUCUUCAGGACAAGUCUCCAAACAGACCCAUAACUUCAUCUACGAUUAUAUAGCACCGGCAGCUCGAUGUCAAGGGUACGCUCGCCUAUCUCAACCCAUCUCCUUCCCCUGUCAACGCUGAAGUCGUCAACAAAAUCCGAUGACAUGCCGAUCCUGCAUCACUCAUUGCCGGGGAUCAUCGGCCACUCGCCGUGUGAGACUCUCUCAAUGUGGCAUGCUCGUUCACAUAACCAGCACCCUGACCAAUCUCGGAUGCGCAAUCGCUAUACACCUUCAAGCCAACCUUUGGUCAAGGCCAUAGCCGAGGAAGUCUCCUGAAUUCUGGCUAAUAGCCAAAUACAUGGGACGUGCGGGGGGCGAAUCCUUGUUGGCCAGCGCGGAGUAAUGGUAAAAACCAUGAGUGGACUGAUGAACAUUUCCCCAGGUUUUUGGGACGUUCAAGUUGGGGUUGAUCGACUUUCUUCUUUGUCGAGCCCAGAACUAACUUCCACGGGCCACAGUUACAAUGGGUGCUGUUUUGGGUGCUUUAGGCUAAUUACCCAAUUGUGGCGGGCGAGCCUCUUUACCUUUUGAACCUUUUCUGAACGGAGAGUGCCCGGUACUCGCUUUCUCGUCCAAGGGUAAUGUCUGACAGAACAGACGGCAAUUACAUUGAUGGAGAGUCUGGACCUAACUAUGUUGAAGAGUCUACUGGACAUACACCAAGGCUUCACAUCGCCUAUGCAACGUCAGACGAUGAUUUUACGAGUUAGGUAGGCGGUUGCAAUUCCCAGCCCUAGGCUAUUGACAUCUGGACGGACAAUCCCCUGGACAUGUAUAUCAAGUCUACUACCCUCGGGGGAAACACAAGUACAUUUGUCACUGCGUGUAUCUUUUGGAACGUCCUAGUUUUAAAACCAACAGCUCUUCUUGGACGCACCAGCAAUGGCGCCACUGGAGAACCAGAUUGUCAUCGGUACCCAACGAGGCGACACCACCAUCGACGUACAGAAACUCCUCGACCAGCCAUGGUACAAGUACAAACACCUACGAAAGUUGUACGGAUGGAUGUGCGUGGUGCUCAUCGUCCAAGCCACCAACGGUCUCGACGGUUCGAUCAUGAACGGCAUGCAGACCCUCACGUACUGGCAGUCGUACUUCCACCACCCCACCGGCGCUCAACUCGGAAUCUUCAACGGCACCCAAGGUCUGGGCGGAGUCAUAUCACAAUUCUUCCUCUGGUGGCUGGUUGAAAAGAUCGGACGCAAGCUCAUCAUCAUCUCCGGGGCCGUCAUCAUCAUCAUCGGCGUCUUCUUGCAGUCCUUUGCCCAAGGCAUCGCCAUGUUCGCCGUGGCACGAUGCGUCAUCGGGUUAGGACUCAGCUUCGAAUACACCGCCGCACCCAUGCUCGUGUCCGAACUGGCACACCCGACCCACCGAGCUCAGUUGUCCACAUUGCUCAACACUUUGUACUACUUUGGAGCCACCCUCGCAGCCUGGAUCACUCUCGGCACACUAUCAAUCAAGAGCGACUGGAGCUGGCGCAGCGUGUCGUUGAUCCAGAUGUUCCCUUCCCUCAUCUCCCUGUCCCUGACGUGGUGGGUGCCCGAGUCGCCACGGUGGCUCGUCAGCCGAGGCCGCAACGAAGAGGCGCUCAAGACCCUCGUCGACAUCCACUGCGGGGGCAACGAGGCCGACCCGCUCGCGCGGUUCGAGUACAACGAGAUCGUCCAGGCGCUGGCCUACGAGAGGGAGAACGGCAGCCGGAGCUGGCUCGACCUCGUGCGCACCCCGGGCAACCGGCACCGCACCUGGGUCGUGGUGACGUGUUCGGUCGCGAGCCAGGCCACGGGCCAGACCAUCAUCGGGUACUACCUGGUGGUGAUCCUCGACGGCAUCGGCAUCACGGACCCCCGCACCCAGAGCAUCAUCAACGGGUGCCUGACCAUGUGGAACAUGGGUUGGGCCUUUUGGGGCGCCUACGUGAUUGACCGGUUCGGCCGCCGGCCCAUGAUGUUGACGUCCCUCUGCGGGAUGCUCGUCGCGGGUUUCCUGCCGUGGACCAUCUGCAGCGCCCUGUACGUCCAGGACGGGGUCAGAAACGCCGGCCCGCCGGUCAUCGCCUUCAUCUUCGUCUUCAACGCCUUUUACGCCUCGACCUGGAACGGCAUCCUCACCGGCUACACGGUCGAGUGCAUGAGCUACGACGUCCGGCCCAAGCUCAUCUGCACCCAGAACCUCCUGGUCCAGGCCACCAUCACCGGCUUCAACUACCUCAACCCGGUCGCCCUCAAGGACAUUGGCUGGAGGUACUACCUGGUCGUCAACAUCAUCAUCGUCCUGGUCAUCGCCCUGGUCUACUUCACCUACCCCGAAACCUCCAAAAUCACCCUCGAGGAGGUCGGCGUCAUCUUCGACGGCAAGAGGGCCGUGCCCAACGACAUCCUGGCCAAGCAGGACCUCAACGUCGGGGAAGAAGACGCCGUCGGCGGGGACGAGGACCCCAAAUCCGUAGAGGUGGUGGAACAUUGGGAAAAGUAAGGCGAGCGGGGGAUAUUUUUCCGGAUCCUGUCCGUCCGGGAUUGAUUACCUGACGAUGAAACACUGGGUCAACCGAUGCGACAAACUGUCAUGAUACUACAUGGGAAAAAAAAAGUCCAAUGACAGUGACAUUGGAGUUGUAUCAUCGAGGGGUAGAGGACUCGGGAUCAAAAUCGAUGCUCGUAUAGUCAUGGACAUGAAAAGACACUCCGUCCACUUCUAUGUUGCUUCUGUAACUCUGUGUCAAGGCGUGACUGUUUCAUA